AUGAACGUCGCCGAGCGGAUAGACAUGGAGCACCCAAGCUCGCUGGCGGCAGUGCUCGUUUCCAUAGCCCACGGGUCGCUGUAUGUGUUCUGCAUCUACAUGGUAUCGGCGCUGUUUGCGGCGCCGGGCGUUUCCAUCCACGACCGCGACCAUCCGCGCAUCAUCCGCCUGCGCAUUUGUGGCGCAACCCUGGCCACAGUUCUCUCUCUCGUGUUGACGGCAUUCCUGCUCUCUGUAUGGCAGCAGCCGACCAAGGAGGGCCAGGCGCAGUGGAAUGCCGUGGAAUUGCUAGGCCUGAGUAUCCGUGAUGCAGGUGCAUCCGUAGUCGUGGCACUAGUACUGACCACAGCGCUGUACCUGGGACCGCUGGUCCUAGAUAAGCUUGAUGGGGCGUUCAGGAGCGAGAGCUUGAAGCGCAUCCCAGAAGCCAUGCGCCAGCCAUCCAGUAUCCGCAACUACAUCGUGGGUCCUAUUACCGAGGAGCUGGUUUUCCGGUCUGCGGUGCUGGCGCUGUGGACGGCGGCCGACAUAGACACAAACAGGCGUGUGUUUCUGUCGCCGCUGAUCUUCGGCGUCGCCCAUGUCCACCACGCAAUCACCAGCUACCGCAGCGGCUCGCCCCUGUCAGCCGUUGCCCUGUCGACGUGCUUCCAGUUCGCUUACACGACGCUGUUUGGCUGGUACGCCGUGUUUCUGUAUGUGCGCUCCAAAAGCGUGGUGGGGCCAAUUGUAGCGCACAGCUUUUGCAAUAUCCAGGGCCUGCCCGAUGAGCUGUAG